AUGUCUGAACAACGUGCGACCCUCAGGCCAAGAGCUUGCAAAUCUGGCAUUGUUGGAGGAGAUGACCGGACCACAGUGGUCAUCAUCUACAGUAGCAUACUCGGCACCAACCUUUUCCAUAACCCAAUCACGAGGAAUAUUGUUGAUGACGCCAUUCAAGCCCUCGGUCGCCUUAAUUACACACUGGCCAUUACUCUUCAUCGGGCAACAUCCAUUGGCGGAUUCAAUUACUCGCGCCCGAGAAUCCCCACUGUUCCCGCUGGCUACGUGCCAACGAGCCCAAUGUCGAGUACGCCUCGACAGUCGGGAGGCCGCCACAGGUCGACGCUCUCUCUGCAAAAGACCGAAAUCAUCAUAAACGUAUACGAUUUGCUGCCUGCCGGUCGGGUCUCGUCGAUGCUCUGGGCUUUUGGCACAUCAUUCCUACACUCGGGCGUCGUCAUCAACGGGCGCGAAUAUGCCUACGGAGGCCACAAUAAGCGCGGGAUAUCCGGUGUCUUUUGGUGCAAGCCAAGAACUCCGCCGCCAGGCGGCUCCUUCCGCUGCGAAUUGCUGCACGGCUUCACGCUCGCCACCGAAGACGAAAUCAACUCGACCUUACAAACGGCAUCGCAAGUAUUCCUCGGUCCCGACCACAACCUAUUAAACAAGAACUGCAACCACUUUACCGCGCACAUCUGCAAAGCUCUAACGGGUGAUCCUGGACCGGGCUGGCUUAAUAGAGCGGCCAGCGUCGGCAAGGCGCUGCCAUGUCUCGUGCCUCGGGAUUGGCUCCAAGCGCCGGAUCAUACGGCCGUAGAUGGCGAGCUAUUCGAGACAGAUGACGAGUCGGACGAUGCGACUGAGCGAUCUACAAUGUUGCAAAAGGAUAAGAGGGCUAGCAGACGAGGCACGCGGUUGUAG